GCGCAAAGCGCACUCUCGCGGCGCGCCCCCGCCCUCAGUCUCGGCGGUGCUGCUGGUGUCGCGCGGAUAGAGAAGUGGCCGCGUCUCUUCACCUUUUCCCUUUUCAAUCAAACUCACAACUUUAUUUCCGCCGCCGUUUGCUCUCCCGGUUUGUAUCUCGCUUCUUGCCGCUGGGUUCCCCCCCUCCUUCACUCCACCCCCCCGACCACCUUCUUUAAACGAAGCUGAGCCGCUCCCCAGGAGAAGGAGAGAAAAUGCCCGCAGCCACCGCCACAAAAGCGGCCGAAUCGCGAUCGUCUUCCGCCGCCGGAGCUGAGGCGGCCGCCGUCGCCUCCGCUGCCGCAGCGGUGAGUGCCCAGGCCGGCCAGGGACAGGCGACACAGCCGCAGAAUGAAGCACUCAGACAGGUCCUCAAUGUCAUCGACAAGAAAGUGCGGAACAUGGAGAAGAAGAAGGGUAAGCUGGAUGACUACCAAGAAAGGCUUGAUCGAGGGGAAGUCCUUAACCAAGACCAGUUGGAAGCUGUUGGAAAAUUACAGGAGGUUGCAAAUAACCUGGAGUUUGCUCGUGAAUUGCAGAGGAGCUUCAUUUCACUGGGCCAAGAUAUUCAGAAAUCGCUGAAGAAAGCAGCUCGACGGGAACAGCUAAUGCGAGAGGAAGCAGAACAGAAGCGAUUAAAAACUGUUCUUGAACUACAGUUUGUUUUGGACAAAUUGGGUGAUGAUGAUACACGCACUGACUUGAAGCAAGGUUGGAAUGGGUCUCCUGUGCUUACUGAAGAAGAACUGGGAAUGUUGGAUGAAUUCUACAAGCUGGUACAACCUGAACGGGACAUGAACCUCAGGUUGUGUGAACAAUUUGAACAAGCUUCAGUGCACUUAUGGGACCUACUGGAAGGAAAAGACAAAAAAGUUGGGGCCACAACUUACAAGAGCUUGAAGACCAUUGUCAACAGACUCCUACAGAGUGGCUACUUUGACAGCAUUCAUAAUCAUCAGAAUGGCGUGUGUGAAGAAGAAGAAGAACCAUCGCCCUUACCUGUUGAAGAACAGCCUCCAGAACCAGAACCUGAAGCAGUUGAAGAAUAUGUGGAGCAAACUGAUGUUGAAGCAAGAGAGUUUGUGAACAGGCAGUUCAUUGCAGAGUCGCAGUUCAGCAGCAGUCAGAAAGAGCAAACUGAUGAAUGGAACACAGAAACUGUUGAGGUUAUAAAUUCACUGCAACAACAGCCACAACAACAACAGGUACAGCCACCUAUAGUAACUGAAAACCAUGCACUGAACACUGUUCCUCCCUCAGACCCUUUGGUGAGAAGGCAGAGAGUACAAGACCUUAUGGCACAAAUGCAAGGAACUUUCAACUUCAUACAGGAAUCGAUGAUCGAGUUUGAGAGUCAAACAAUUGACCCUGCUAUUGUUUCAGCACAACCUAUGAAUACAGCACAAUCCAUGGAGAUUCCUCAGAUGAUGUGUACACAAGUGCACAGUGAAUCCAGACAUGGUCAACCUAAUGCUGUUCCUGUUCAGUCUGAAGCUACACCGGUACCUCUGGUAUCUUCCACAAAUGAACCAUACACACCAUCUCAGCCGAUGUACCAGCCUUCCCAUGUGUCAGAGCAGCGAACUCAGAAAGAAUCUAUGGAGUCUAUUCAGACUGCAAUGUCACUGACGUCUGAACAGCCACCAGCAUCAACAGCAAUUCCUGUUGUCUCCCAGUCACAAGCUUUCAAGGCUCCCCCUAACAAACCCCUCCAUAGCAGUGGCAUAAAUGUUAAUGCUGCUCCAUUCCAGUCAAUGCAAACGGUGUUUAAUAUGAAUGCGCCAGUGCCUCCUGCCAGUGACCCUGACACACUCAAGCAACAGAGUCCAUAUCAGCCCAGCUACAGCCAAGGUUUCAGCAGCCAGCCUCAGCAUCAGGUCGAGCAACCUGAAUUACAACAGGAAACACUUACAACUGUGGUUAGUCCUUACCAUGCACCUCAAGACCAAACACACCCUGCUGGAGCAACUCAUCAGCAACUAUCUCAACAGCCUCAACAGAACGCAGGCUUUGCACGUACAGGACAGGCUUUCUACAACAGCAGGGGUGUGUCACGUGGUGGCCCACGCAAUGCACGAGGAGGAAUGAAUGGCUAUCGUGGACCUGCUAAUGGAUUCAGAGGUACAUAUGAAGGCUAUCGCCCUACAUUUUCAAACACUCCAAACAGUGGUUAUGGACAAUCUCCAUUUUCUGCCCCCCGUGACUACUCGAACUCUGGCUACCAACGUGAUGGAUACCAACAAAACUUCAAGCGUGGCUCUGGACCUGGUGGACCUCGGGGCACUCCUCGAGGCCGGGGAGGAUUGAUCAGGCCCAGAGGUAUGAAUAAAAAGAUUGUAACUGCGACUCAGAUGACACCUCAGGAAGUGAUUUAAACUGGACCCUCCCUCCCCAUGCCUGAUGAUGGGGGUUUUUGUGCAACUGUGAAGUAUUUCAAACAGCAAUCAUAAAUACCACAUGAAUUUAUGGAUUAUUAUACCCUCUGCAACCUGACUUGUAACAUCCAACUAGUCCCAGACAGUGGAAUCGAAUGCCCCCUUUGUGGCAAUGAUUGCACAAUGUGAUUUUUU